CACCCACGUGUAGUCCGACGACCGUUGAUGGAGGGCGAAUGUGAGAGGGUGAGAGUGCAGGGCGGAGUGGACCAGAGCUCAGUUAGAGCCAGCUACUCCAAAGAUGGGAGGUGGAUGUUUGUGUGCGCCGGCUGUGCUGUCAAUGUGUACAGUACCAUAUCCCACCAGCUGGUGCACGUCCUCAGUCGCCACAAGGCAGCCAUCACCUCGUGCUGUCUCAACCCUCACAACUCACUCCAGCUUUUGACUGCCUCUCUGGACGGAAAAGUCAUGAUAUGGGACUAUCUUGAUGGGUCAUUCCUUAGGGAAAUCGAAUUUGGUGUGCCGUUGUUUCACUUUGCCAUUCGUCCUGGGAAGAAGGAACCUCGGAUGUUUUUUCAAAUAGAAAAAGGUACUAUGGAGGUAGACUCCAGUGAAGGAAUAGAACUAGGAUCCACUGAGACAGCGGAUAAAGUGAUCAUUGGUCUACCUAGUGAGGUCAUAGUUCACCGAGACCAGGCCACACCCCCUGCCGUCCAGCUCUCUCAGGCCACAGAAUACCUGCACUUGGGCUCCAGCCCUUCCGACAUGUGUUUCUCUUUCAAUGCAAAGUUUGUAUUGUCCUAUGCUGGAAAGAGUCUUGUCGUGUGCAGCAUUUCCAAAAAUCUACAGCGAAGUUUCCCGACAUCGUUUGUCCUUGGAGCGAUAGCUGGUCACCCGAGUGAGCUGUGUGUGGCUACGGGUAACGAGAGAGGGGAGGUGGAGGUGUGGUAUGGCUGGACCGGGCGGAGACAGCAGCCGGUCAAGACUGUCCUCCACUGGCACGCACACGCUGUGGCUGACCUCUGCUUCACCACCGAUGGGACCUUCCUGCUGUCAGGAGGAGAGGAGUGUGUCCUGGUUGUGUGGCAGUUGGCGUUGAACGAAAAAACACUUCCGACCGAGACUUGGAGCUCCGAUCACCAGAGUGUCAUGUGCCCCAGCCGACCAGAACUUUGCCGUGUCCCUACAAAACAACAGUAACAGUUUUCUCUCUCAAUUAUUGAGUUUCAGUCAAUGAGAGAUGGCGUCCACCAACCCAGUCAUUCAGGUGGUGUCUGGACUGAACAACAACGUGGAGUGGACGGUGGGCGGGCUGCGCAGGUCUCAUACCCAGACCCCGGGGGAGAACGGAAUGAGGACGGGACUCGUGUGGGACCCUCGCUCCCUGAGCUUCGUGACCAACAGCAACUCUGGCUCUCUUCAGUGGUACAGACCUGAUCUAGACCAGGUCACCUGCCAGUUGGACGUGACUGGGUUGAACUAUGUGUCACGGAGAGAUGAACCUCUGGUCCUCAUGACUGUAGAACACGCUGCAUUCUCCUCUGACGGACACUGGCUGGCUACUAUUGAGUGGAGGGAUGAUGGGAAGACAACUCCCGAGCUAAGGCUAAAGUUCUGGCAGUUCACUGCUUCCUCUCAGGAGUUUGAACUGAACACGUGUGUGGAGCCACCUCAUAAUGGAAAAGUCACCUCUCUCUCCUUCCAACCACCACCACCACCGCCACGAAACUCUCUAUCAUCAUCCACCUCGUUAGCCGGAAAAUCAACGGGGUCUGCCCCUCCACUUGCCGCUGUGAGCACCAGUGAGGACGGGAAUGUCAAGACCUGGGUCCUGUUGGGAGGAGCAGAGGAGAGGGGAGGCGAUGCCUCGUGGGCGUGUCGCUCCGUUGCCUACUACCAGUGUCUGCCCUGCAGAGGUGCCUGCUUCUCUCGCGAUGGAUCUCUUCUGGCCACCAACUUUAAGAAAUGUCUCACUCUAUGGGAUCCUUACACCUGUGAACUACGCAAGGUUUUCAGCAGUCCUUUCCCUCCAGAAACAUUCUCCCAGCAUACAUUUGGAAGUAAAACGUCGUCACACUACCUCAUAUCCACCACUGAUCGCCACCUAAUUGUAUGGGACCUCCUCAGAUGCUCAGUUUUGUGGAGUGUGGCAGUGGAUGUGGCCGUGCUGGUAGCUGACCCUGUCGCACCAAUGGCCGCUGCUUUUGUUCCCUCAAAACAAGGCACCACUCACCUGUAUGUGUUUGACCCCAGUUCUCCAGCACCUGUGAAUGUAUGGGAGUCUGUGUGCAGCGAGCCAGUCACCUCUGCAGCUUAUGCACACGCCACGUCUCCUGCAAGAGAGAGCAGAGGAGGUGGAGGAGAGGAGAGAACUUCAAAACUCUAUUUCCAGACGUCCUCACAGGUGCUCUACCAAGUGUCCAAUGAAGGGGAGGACCACCCUGUCAUUAACACAGCUAAGGUGGUGAUGCAGAAAGGGAGGGAAGAGCAGUCCAGACAGGCCUUCUUUGAGGUCUUUGGCAAAGCCACAAAGGGUGCAGUAGAACCAAAUACAGCUUCAAGUGUGAACCAUAGUGUAAGGCUCAGAGGCAAGUUGAAGGUGUGGGAUACUGCACCUCAUGCCCUCCCUCCCCUGACUUCCCUCGCUCCACUCUUCCUUGGCUCCCUGCUGCCUUCAAAGAGACCUGGGAGCAGUAGAGGUGAAAUGGAGGACCUUGAGUCAGGUUCAUACACAAUACAUACUGAGUCAGGCCACUUGAUGUUGAUUGUCUGUAUAUUAUAUAUACAUGGAUGUAGAUGGAGAGGAGGAAGAGAGGGACUCGGUGGAGGGUGAAGAUUCUGACAGUGGGGCUCAGGAGAGAGACAGUCACAGGAGGAGAUCACCGUGGGUUCAGUAGUAGCUAUGGAGACUGAUGACGUCGGGGACCCUACCAGCUGGGUUCAGAAUCCCAGACUUUGACUGGCUCACAAGUCAACACUUUGGCGAAGGACAGACCACGCAUUCAUCAAACUAGCUCGAUUUUUAUAGCUUGUCCAUUUUGCACUCAGUUUUAAAGUCGCUGUGAAAAAACCCAUCAGUCUUUGGUGGAGGUUUGUUCUAGCAAGUCCACCACCUGAGAGGCGGUUGGUCUGUUUCGAGGUCUUGCCUGUGUGCACUGCUCCACGAGUGUGUGGAUGUCGGGCCACUCAGAGCGGAGUCUCUUCACGCACCUCUCGUAGGAAUCAAUCUCUGGAAGUGUGCCUGUCACCACUUCUAGCACCGUGACUCCGUAGCUGUAGAUGUCGGCCUUUACAGUUAUCCCCUCUGCCGGAGGCUCGCUCUGUGUGGAUGGGAGAGUCUCUGGAGCCGAGUACAACUCUGUACCUCCUCCAAGAGAUCCUACACUCCCCUGUGAUGUGUGAUUUGCACUUCCGAAAUCUCCAAUCUUUGCUCGCCACUGGCUGCUCCCGAGUCGCUUCACGAGGA